AUGAUAGUGUAUUGACCGUUCGUCAGUUCCGUUUCCGGUAAAUCCUGUUUAGGGGAACUGCAGUAGGAGGUGGGAGGAAAUAUGUGUGUCUUUGGACCUAUAAUUUUGUGGUCCCCCUUCUGAUGUUGAUAGGAGUCGGAUGGUAAAGUUUUUCUAGGAUAGGCAGAUACACAACGUGAUCCCAACGAGCUGCUGUCACGCGGAGAGUUAAGGUGUGUGCGUAGGGGACGGUUAUCAUCAGUCAUUACAGUGACACCUCAUGGCUGUUACGUCAUGUCCAUCUUCUGGGCAGUCGCUUGGAACGAGAAGGAUGAUGGAUUUUCCUGGGCAUUUUGAUCAUAUUUUUCAGCAGCUAAAUUAUCAGCGGCUUCAUGGACAACUUUGUGACUGUGUUAUUGUAGUGGGGAAUCGCCAUUUUAAAGCUCAUCGUUCUGUUAUGGCAGCAUGCAGUACCCACUUCAGGGCUCUUUUCACUGUGACUGAGGGUGAUCAAACGAUGAACAUGAUUCAGCUGGAUAGCGAAGUUGUCACGGCUGAAGCUUUUGCUGCUCUUAUAGACAUGAUGUACACAUCUACUCUCAUGCUUGGAGAAAGCAAUGUUAUGGAUGUUUUGUUAGCUGCCUCUCAUCUGCACUUGAACUCUGUUGUAAAAGCUUGCAAGCACUAUUUAACAACAAGAACUUUGCCUAUGUCCCCACCAAAUGACAGAGUUCAGGAGCAGAAUGCUCGGAUGCAGAGAUCUUUUAUGUUCCAACAACUAGGGCUUAGUCUAGUCAGCUCUGCUUUGACUUCUAACCAGAAUACUGAUGACCAGCAGAAUGCCAUGAGAAACAACAUGGUUGAGCAGCGGGCUGCUUUUUCUAUUCGACGUUUCCAUAAAAGGAAGCCCUCUGCUGAAGAGAGACCUAGACAGAGAAUAAGACCUUCAUUGGAUGAAGCUAGUGUAUCAGAAAUUGCAACAGAAAAUGAACAAGCUAUGGUGCAUUCCCAUGAAGAAUUUUUUUCUCCUGACUCUCUGAAAGCUGCAGAACAUCACAAAUCUGAAGCAGUUGGCGAUAGUCAUGAAGAAAGCAAUAUGAUGUUUGAUCAGUCAUUUGGCACACAAGAAGAUUCACAAGUGCCAAGUCAGUCAGAUAACAGUGCAACAAGUCUCUUACAGAUGUCUAUGACAUGUCAACCAAACCAAGCCGAAACUAGUUUUGAUCAGGAAGUAUCUGUUGGAAAACCAGAUUAUCAUUCAGAUCACCCUGACCUGGGUCUAAACGGAAAAGAAGAACACAUGAGAAUUGUAGUAAAAUCAGAACCCCUGAGCUCACCAGAACCUCAAGAUGAAAUUAGUGAUGUUACUUCCCAAGCUGAAGGUAGCGAGUCUGUAGAAGUUGAAGUAGGCAUGGUUAGUGCAGACAAGAUAGAACUGAGUCCAGAAAGUAGUGAUCGAAGUUUCUCUGAUCCUCAAUCCAGCACCGAUAGAGUCGGUGAAGUACACUUGUUGGAAGCCACAAACAAUUUGGAUUCCAAGUCUACAUUUAGCAUUUCAAGUUUUUUGAGCAAGAGUAGAGCUAGCAGUUAUAAUGGCAACCAAAGCAAUGAUGACAAUAUUCCAAAUACGACAAGUGACUGCAGAAUGGAUGGUGAAGCACCUUACUUAAUGAGCCCUGAGUCAGGAGUGCCUACAGGUGGCCAUUCAUCUACAGCAAUGUCCCACUCAGAGAAUCCUUUUAGUGAUUCAUCAGAUUCCCAUUUUGUUAGACCUAUGCAGGAAGUAAUGGGAUUACCUUGUGUUCAGAGUUCAGGAUAUAGAUCAGGAGACCACUUUGGUUUGGACUAUUCAAGAUCUGGCAUGGGAUUCAAUUCUUUAUCUAGAACAAUGAUCAGUUCCUCAAGAGGGGGAUCUAGUGCCUUUCCUGGUUAUCGUCGCAUAGCCCCAAAAAUGCCUGCAGUUUCUUCAGUGAGAAUGGAAGGCUCACAGAUGCAAGAUAAUGCCCCUAGUUCACAAAUGAUGAUGAAUGGUGCCAGUUCUUCUUUUGACACUUCACAGCAGGGCCCUCCACAGUUAACAAGGGCCUCUGCUGAUGUUCUUUCAAAAUGUAAAAAAGCUCUCUCUGAGCACAAUGUUUUGGUUGUAGAAGGUGCUCGCAAGUAUGCUUGCAAAAUAUGUUGCAAGACAUUUUUGACUUUAACAGAUUGUAAAAAGCAUAUUCGUGUGCACACUGGAGAAAAACCAUAUGCUUGUUUAAAGUGUGGGAAGAGGUUCAGCCAGUCAAGCCAUUUGUAUAAGCAUUCCAAAACUACCUGUCUGAGGUGGCAGAACAAUAGCCUGCCUAACACUCUACUUUAACUGUUGGUGCUUAGCAUUUAAAUGGAGGAUCUUUUGUGGUAAAAUAAGUAAUUAGGCAUGACCUACAGCUUUGCAGUGCAUAAAGCUCUACAUAAGUAAAGUUUGGUAGUAAUCAUUUAACAUGCAGUCUAACUGCCCUAGCAGGGAAUGUCCAGGUGGUUCUUUUCUCUUGUAAAUACAUGAUUUAGGUGUGUGGGUGGUGCACAGCUGUACAGCUAUAGCCAUACUUAGGUUCAUUAUGAAAGACCUUUGAGAAAGUGGGAAGAUCUUAACUAGGAAAGCAAGGCAUGUUCUUGCUGUAUAUGAUGACCAGAUGGCAAAGUACUUGGCCAGUUUUGUUUGUCAAAGAAUGCGCCAUGUUCCACACUGGGUGCUUACUAACGUGUAUGUAUGUGCCAUUUCCAAAACGAUAUUCAGAAUAGUGAAUGCUGAUGCUCUUGAAAUACAAAAAAAAUGUGUGGUUGAACUGUUGGUAGUACCUCAAUUAAAUCCACUGUCAGAAAUGUGUUUUGUACACAGCUCAGAGCACAAAGUCGCAUUCUGAAGUUCUAUUUCAGUUAUUAACCAGGUGUAUCAGACACCAGUGAUAGCACUUGCAUCAGUAUUUGCUGUUUGAUCAAACAACAUUACAGUGCUUAGGAACCAAUUAAGUAUAAGAUGACCAGACAUAAAUUAUCCAUUCAGUGCUUUUGAGUCAAAUUCGAUUGCUUUAGUCUCCACAAGAACAGCAGAUGCCACCCACAAUGUGUGAAGGCAAGUAGGGGAAUAGAGGCAGAUUGCAAUGCCUUUCAUUCUUAUCACACCUACACACCUAUGGACAGUGUGGAGUCACCAGUACACCUACUGUUUGCUUUUGGGAUGUGGGAGGAAAACAGAGUACCUGAAGAAAACCCACAGAGGGACAGAGAGGACAUGUAGACUCCACACAGAAGGCAUCCCUGCCAAUAAAAGAAUAGCAUUUCUUACUGUGAGGCAACAGCGCUGCUCACUGCACCACUUUGUUGCUCCGACAUAAAUAUACCAGCCAUAUGCCUUACCUUACUUAUCAAUAGAGAGAGUCAUCUUUAAGACAAGAGUGACCAGAAAAAUAUCCAAAAGGAUUUUAGGGGUGUGUGGGUUAAAGUUAUCUCUGGCAGCUAUAUUAUAGUGAAGUGUGCAGCGUGAAACAUGAAUGUUAUUUUUUUCAGAAAACAAAUGAGCUUCUUAAAAUCCAUUUCUUGCACAUUAUGUAAUAUAUCAGUUGGGUAACUCUGUAAUGUGUCUAUUAUGUAACUUCAAGGUUUACAGCAUGCAGGGACCUUUCAUUCUUACCAUUGAAGUCACAGAGAAUCAGAAAUAUCUGUGCGACAUAAUCCUGUGGUUCAGGAUGCUUUCUCAUUCAGUAUUGUGGGUAGACUACCGGAGUCAUUUAUAUACAGAAAUUUUAUAUUCAUAUUUUAUGUAUACCAUGAUAGAUUGAGUAUCACUUAGUUCCAGGACUGAAGUUCAAGAGGUUUAACUGUUUUGAUUUGAGGGAUUUAGUUUUGUGUAAUUGUUACUUUUUUUCUGUAAUACCAAUUGCAUGUAGCAAUUCUUUCUUCAUGAAUAUGCCCCAUUCAUUUAAGUGUUCUUGGGCGUAGUUUAGGAGGAGUUCAGCGCUGUCAGAGGAUGCCAGUUAAUUUUUUGUAGAGUUUUGUAUUAAUUUUUGUUGCAGGCUUCCACCCCACUGUUUCAAUCUUGACAUUCUGUCUGUUGUUGAUACUAGCAGUCUUAAUUUGCAAAGAGGGCAUAUGUUACAACAGCAAGAAAAGUGCUAUGGUAUUAAAAGUGACUGAAGCUUUGAGGGUAUGUACUUGUGAACACUUCAUUUUUGCUACUUUAAAAAAAUGGUGCUCAUUUAUUACACUGCUUAUUUACUAGAAAUUGCACAGUUUUUCAAGUAUACAGCACUUUUCACCAACCUGAAUUUAAUUUCUUGUAAUUUAAAAAUAGUCUGGCAAACAAUCUGUACCCUAUCUGCAGCACUAACGGGCAGUAAAGUAGUGGUUGUUGUUGGGAUAUCCUUAAAUCCAGCAAAUUAAAAAAAAAUUAGUUUCUGUUUAAAAUGUCAUGACUCCUGCUAGUUAUUUGGGUUUACAAUCAAAAUGUGGAAAUGCAGUUCUUUGAAAACGAGUCGGUCAAAUGUGUGUUCUACCAACUCCCAUAUUGUCAAACUGAAAAUGUAUGACUUCAUAUUAGCGAAAGUGAAUACACAUUUGCUAAUAUGAAGUCAACGUUUUGAAUUUAAAUCACAGUACAGUGUGGACCGGGAAAUGUUCCCUUUUCCUCACUGUAGUGCUAUCUCAAAGUCAGUAUAUAUAAUAUGCAGGGUGUGUGGGGGAGGUGCAGGGGGGGCUUGCCCUCCAGCAAAAACAUUGGAACUUCCGUUGUUCAAAUGCCGAUUCCAUGCAUUUAUGACAGGUUGGUAAUUCGGUAUUACCAAAUGCAGAUAAGUCGGAUCAUUUUGUGGAAAAAUUUUUUGAUUUUUCACAUUUUGAUAGUAAACGUAUAUAUAUGUGUGUGUGUGUGUGUGUGUGUGUGU